AUGAAGAUGAAAUGUCAGGGCAACGCUCGCGUACAGAGGGCCCAACUUAAUCGUCUUCGCAGGACUUUUGAGGUUCUGGCAAUGAAGCAAAGGGAAUCGAUCACUGACUACUUUGGUCGUGUAAUGGUGGUUGCAAACGACAUGAGGAAUUGUGGGGAAGAUAUGACUGAUGUCAAGAUAGUUGAGAAGAUUUUGAGAACUCUCACUGAAAAAUGGAAUUACAUUGUUUGUUCCAUAGAAGAAGCAAAUGAUAUUGAUCAGCUCUCCGUGGAUGCCUUACAAAGUUCACUUCUUGUUCAUGAGCAGAAGUUCAAGAAGGAUGGUGGAGAGGAACACACACUCAAGGUGUCACAUGAUGAGGGUUAUGGUGGAGGAGGACAUGGGAGAGCUGCUUUCAGAGGAGGAAGAGGCAGAGGCAGGGAUCGUCAAAACUACAAUAAGGCAACUGUUGAGUGCUAUAAAUAUCAUCAACUCGGACACUUCCGUUACGAGUGUCCUAGUUGGGGGAAGCAAGCAAAUUAUGCAAAACUGGAUGAGUCGGAGGAGAUGCUACUAUUACGAGUGUCCUAG